GGAGGGACGGCGGCAGCGGCGGCGGCGGAAGUGGGGGAAGCGGAAGUGGAGGAGAAAGCGGAAGUGGCCGUUGCCAUGGCGGCGGUUGCGGCCUAGGCGAGGUCUGGGGCUGUUCUUUCCCCACCACGUUCCUGGGAUUCCUGGGAGCCGCCGAGAUGACGCAGGCGGAGCUGCGGCUCUGCUCCCUGCUGCUCCAGGAGCACUUCGGGGAGAUCGUGGAGAAAGUCGGGAAUUCCCUGCUCCGGACGGGCCCGCGGCCGCUGCGGCUCCUGGUGGGCGACACGGGGCUGCUCCCGGAUCAGGUGAAGAAGGCCCUUUGUGUCCUGCUCCAGCACGACCUGGUGCGGUACGAGGUGCAGCCCCGCGGGUCCGUGGAAUACGAGGCACGGAGCGAGCGGAUCCUGCGGAUCCUGCGCUACCCCCGCUACAUCUACACGGCCAAGACGCUCUACGGGGACCCCGGGGAGCUGCUGGUGGAGGAGCUGCUGCUCCACGGCCACCUCUCCAUGAGCUGCGCCGUGGCCAGGGUGGCCGAUCGCCUCACCGAGACCAUGGAAGGUGGGAGGGAAGGUCCUCCCUGGAAAAAAAAAAGAACGGGAGCGGGUUUGGGAAUGUGGGAGCAGAGGAUUUGGGGGGUGUUCGUGGCCAGGUUGUGGUGGUGUCACCGUGUCCUCCAGAGCCUCAGGAACAUCCUGGAUCUGGUCAUGGAAAGGCUGAUGGAGACCAUGGAGGAUGGGAAAACCAUGGAUUAUGCCGAGGUGUCCGGCACGUUCGUGCGCCUGGCAGACACCCACUUCAUCCGGAGGUGCCCGAUGGUCCCGGAGAACCCCCGGAACGCCGCGGAGCCGCCGCCCCCCGCGCCCGCCCUGGCCAUCGCCGAGAGGGACAUGUACGUCGUGCCGCGGCUCAGCCUCGCCGGGAAAGGGAAGCGGAGACGCUCGUGCGACGAGGAAGAGGACGGGCAGCGCAAGGCCAAGAGGCAGAAGCAGGAGGGAGGAAGCUCGGAGCCCCCUCCGGACGAUGGCAUUUACUGGCAGGUGAACCUGGAGCGUUUCCACCAGCACUUCCGUGACCAGGCUCUGGUCAGCGCCGUGGGCAGUCGCAUGGACCAGACCAGCAGCGAGGUGGUGCGGACGAUGCUGCGCAUGAGCGAGGUGACCACGGCCUCGGGCGCGUCCCACACCCAGCCCCUCUCCUCCAACGAGAUAUUCCGGGCUCUUCCUGCUGGGUACAACAUCGGGAAGCAGGUGCUGGACCAGUACCUGGCGCUCCUGGCUGAUGAUCCGCUGGAAUUCGUGGGGAAGUCUGGGGACAGCGGUGGGGGCACCUACACCGUCAACCUGCACAAGGCCCUGGCAUCUCUGGCCACGGCCACGCUGGAGUCCAUCGUGGAGGAGAGGUUCGGCUCCCGCUGCGCCCGGAUCUUCCGCCUGCUCCUGCGCAAGAAGCACCUGGAGCAGAAGCAGGUGGAGGAUUUUGCCAUGAUCCCGGCCAAGGAGGCCAAGGACAUGCUCUACAGGAUGCUCUCGGAGAAUCUGGUGUCCCUGCAGGAGAUUCCCAAGACUCCGGACCACGCUCCAUCCCGCACCUUCUACCUGUACACGGUGAACGUGGCGGCCGCCGCCCGGAUGCUGCUGCACCGCUGCUACAAGAGCGCCGCCAACCUGAUGGAGCGCCGGCAGCACGAGACGCGGGAGAACAAGAGGCUCCUGGAGAAGUCCCAGCGGGUGGAAGCCAUCCUGGCCUCCAUGCAGGCCACGGGCGCCGAGGAGGAGCAGCUGAGGGAGGUGGAGGAGAUGCUGACGGGGCCCGAGAGGCAGCAGCUGGAGAACCUCAAACGCAACGUCAACAAGAUCGAUGCCAGCGAGAACCAGGUGGACGAGACCAUCUUUGUGCUGGAGUCGUUCAUCGAGAGCACCGUGAAGAGACCCUGAGGGAACGGGACAGGGACAGGGAUGGGGACAGGGACAGGGAUGGGGACAGGGUCAGGAAUGGGGACAGGGUCAGGAGUGGGGACAGGGACCAGCUGCCUUCACCAGUGGUGCUUGUGCUGCUGAGGGGAAUAAAGCAACAGUUGCUGAUGGCACCUGAGCAUCAACAGGGGACAGGGACACAGAGGACAUGGGGACAGCUGUCACCCCUCAAUUUGGGUGUUCAUGGAUCCUCACUCAGUUUGGGUGCUCAUUGAUCACCCCUCAAUUUGGGUGUUUAUCCCCCCUUAAUUUGGGAGACCCCCUGGCAGGACCAAGGGACCCCCCUGUCCGCGCCCCACACCCCCCAGAGCUGUAAUUUAUGGCAGUGCCAUUAAUUAAAGAUAUUUAUGGAA